AUGGCCGCGGCCCGCACGGCGGUCGGCUUGGUGAGAGCGAAUCUAUUCAUCACCAUCAAUCGCAUCAUUCUCGGCUCGUUCAGCAACAUCGCGAUCAGCAUCGGUACGUGCUACUUUCUCGCCCCGGCCGGCCCAGUCCAGGCGGCGAUCCGCCUGACGCAGCGCAACAACCAUGGCAACAUCUCGGAACUGUUGGACAAUUUGCUCCGCGGCUACGACAACAGCAUCCGGCCCGAUUUUGGCGGACCACCGGCGGUGAUCGAGGUGGAUAUCAUGGUACGCAGCAUGGGCCCCAUCUCCGAGGUGGAUAUGACCUACUCGAUGGACUGCUACUUCCGGCAGUCAUGGGUCGACCGGCGGCUAGCAUUCAGCGGUGCCCAGGACACGCUGGCCCUCAGCAUUUCGAUGCUCGGGCGCAUCUGGAAGCCGGAUACGUACUUCUACAACGGCAAGCAGAGCUACCUGCACACCAUCACGACGCCAAACAAGUUCGUGCGCCUCUACCAGGACGGCCGUGUGCUCUACUCUAGCCGGCUCACCAUUAAGGCCGGCUGCCCGAUGAACCUAGAGGACUUCCCGAUGGACACGCAGCGCUGCCCGCUGAAGUUUGGAUCGUUUGGCUACACCACGAACGAUGUCCUGUACCGGUGGAACAGUGGCCGGUCGGCUGUGGCCAUCGCCGAGGACAUGAAGCUGUCGCAGUUCGAUCUGGUCGACUGCCCGGCCGGAAACGUGACCGAUCGGGUGGUCCACAACACGGCCAGCGCCGGUGCUACCGUCCUAAACGGGGCCAGCAACGCCGAUCUGGAGCUGGGCCUCGUCCUCGACGGCGGAACGGGCCGAGCGACGGCCACCGGCGGCGGAAGCGGAAAUUCCAACGGGAAGCUUUACGUGUCGGAAUACUCGAUGCUGCUGGUGAGCUUCCAUCUGCAGCGGCACAUGGGCAACUUCCUGAUACAAGUGUACGGACCGUGCGUGCUGCUCGUCGUCCUGUCCUGGGUGUCCUUCUGGUUGAACCGCGAAGCGACGGCCGAUCGCGUAUCGCUCGGCAUCACCACCGUCCUGACGAUGACGUUCCUCGGGCUGGAGGCACGGACGGACCUGCCGAAAGUUCCUUAUCCGACGGCGCUCGACUUUUUCGUGUUUCUGUCGUUCGCGUUCAUCUUCGCGACGAUCAUCCAGUUCGCGAUCGUGCACUACUUCACCAAGUACGGCUCGGGCGAGUGCUACUUCAGCGUGGAGGAGCUCACGUCGAGCUCGGAUGAGGAGGAUAGCGACGACCGGGACACCAGGGCGCCCAAUCCGAACGGGAAACGCUGCUCGACCAUAACCUCAAUCAGUGGCACCGGUGCCGAUUCCCGCUACGUCGAGGUGAUCCCACUGUCCGUCUGUUCGUUUUCGACGGUGCGCAAAAGUCCCAAACCGUCCUGGACGGACGUGUCCUGUUUCGGGGGCAGCCCCGGGGAAGAUGAUCCCGUCACCAUGACUACCUCGUCGGCCAGUGGUGGUGGUGGUGGCGGGGUGCCCACUACAUCGCACCGUGCCCAGCACAUCACCAUCGAUCCGACGAUACCAACGACGCUGGCCGGCGGGACCCCGAACGUGCACAGGACCCGCCGGCGAAGGAAACGGGAGCCACGGUUCAACUCGGUGUCCAAAAUCGAUCGUGCCUCGCGCAUCUUCUUCCCACUGCUGUUCCUGGCCAUCAACGUGUUCUACUGGUCUCUGUACUUGUCGCGCAGCGAGCGGCUGCCGCAGCAGCACCACAAGACCGGAUAG